CUAGAUCCGCAUGUCCGACCAGAGCAGCGGCGACGAUGGGGAGUCCGACCCCCAGCACAGCCUGUACAUGGUCUUUCUCCUCGUCUUGGUCUUCUUCAUCAUGGGGCUGGUAGGGUUCCUCAUCUGCCAUGUCCUGAAGAAGAAGGGCUACCGGUGCCGGACGUUCCGAGAUGAGCUUGACCCAGAUAACAAGGACGUGCUGGCAGAACUCCAGGCCAAUGAAGAGGAGGAGCUGAACGAGGACACUGUGGAGAAGAUCGUGAGAUGCAUCAUCCAGAAUGAAGCAAAUGCAGAAGCCCUCAAGGAGAUGCUGGGGGACAAUGAUGGGGACAUCGCAGUGGCAAUGCCCAGCCUUUGUCCCCACCGUAACAGCCAGGAUGGGGGCCCCCCUCACCACCACACGGUGCACCUGGGCUCCACGCAAGCCCCCUGCAUCCACUGCAGCAAGAGGAGGAGGCACCCACUGCACCGCCAGGGGCGGUCCAAGGAUGGCAAAGGCCGGAUGCAUCCCGGAGAGACCACCGUCUUCUCAGUGGGCAGGUUCCGUGUCACACACAUUGGGAAGAAGCCGGCUUUCCAUGAGCAGCAAGACGGUGCCCAGCCCAGUGGCAGCAAGGAGCCAAGCACGGAAGAGCUGGAGCACAGCAGCGAGAGGCUCCAGCGGGAACAGGCUCACAAUGGGACUGUCCCCACAGGUGGCCCGGAGAAGGGGGCCUUGCAGGAGGGGACACAGGGCAGCAAGGGCAUGGAGCAGAGCCGCACUGGCACCCCAGUGCCUGGCACUGCAGCGGGCAGCUCUCCUGGGAGCACCAGUCGGCAGCGGAGGCUGCUGAGCCGCCGGGUUCUGGGAGGGUCGAGUCCCAGCAUCCCAGGGCAGCUGGGGCAGGAGGAGGCCGGACUGGGGUCAGCAGAUGAGGUGUCGGAUAUUCACGGGAGCCUGAGCCUACACGAAGUGCCGGAUGAGCUAGAGAGAGAUGACAGCGGCAGGAGGCAGCCUGGAGCAGAGAACAUGGGGCAGCAG